AUGAAGAGCGAUAUAUUGGGAUACGGUGACAUGUGUCCUCCAGACGAGCCUCCGCUGUUCAACAGCCCUGCCCCUUUAGGCACCACUGUGGUUGACGUCAGCGAGGACACGAGUAUCGGGGACGUCAUCUACACCGUGGAUGGGACGGACGAUGAAGGUGACACUCUGACCUUCACACUUGACACUCACGCUGAUGUGUUCGAGUUUGCAGGAACUGACCUGAAGACACUCAAGCAGCUCGACCUUGAGACAGUGUCGUCAUAUGACAUUACCAUUAGCAUGUCCGACGGUCGGAACACCCAGCAGGCGAUGAUGACGGUGCGAGUUACCAAUGUCGUUGACGAGACGCCGGUGAUUACGUUGUCAGGGACGUUGUCCAUCCCGGAGGAGAUGGCAGUGGGCAGCGUGGUCAGCAACCUCUUCACCGUGGACGACAAAGACGACGGGGACACACUGACGUAUGCAAUAAGUGGUACUAACAGCGCACACUUCACCAUCGAUGCAAACUCUGGGGUUUUGACAAUUGCCGACAGAAUUGAUCGGGACCAGGCGGCCUUGAUCUCCGUGACCUUUGACCUACAGGUGACCGACAGUAACAGUUUGCAGGCGACGGAGACUGUCACUGUGACGAUUGUCGACAUCAACGACAACGACCCAGCGUUCACGUCAACGUCCCAUACAGUGAGUGUGGCCGAAAACACAGCUGCCGACACGUCAGUACUGGAUUUCACUGUGAGCGACGCCGACGACGGAACAAACGCUGCUUACAGCAUCGCAAUUGAGGCUGGCGAUGACGUUUCUCCCAAGUUCAAGGUCACCGGAAACCAGCUUCAGACAGAGGCUAACGCUCUGGAUUAUGAAUUGCUGUCUGGCACUGGGUUUAUGUACACUCUGACAGUUGUAGCCAUCAACGACGACAACAUCAGGACGGGGACGACAACAGUUACAAUCAAGGUGACUCCAGAAAAUGAAUUUGACCCGGUGUUUGACACCCCUUCAGUGGAUGGCUCCGGUCAGUUUCCAGCGGCGACUUUAUCAGAGGACGCCCCCGUCAACGACGAAAUCUCCUUCAACGCCUCCGACGCCGACCUGGGAGUUGACGGCGAUGUCACAUUCUCCCUCGUCUCCGUGCUGGACUGUGAGUCGUUGCACAGCACAGGCCCCCACUCUAACGGUGCUGACGCAAGUUCAAAGUUCACCAUUGAUGCUACUUCGGGAACGAUGAAAACCCUUGAACUGCUCGACAGCGACACAGCGACGGGGGGCGUGGAUUAUUUUGACAUCACAAUCAGAAUAACUGACGCAGGAAGCACCCCCAAAACCGCUGACGGGACAAUACGGUUGACGUUAACCAACGUCAACGACAACGCCCCGACGUUUGACUCGACCUUCUACAGCGCUAGUGUCAGUGAAGACGCCGCUGUCGGGGAUAGUGUUGAAGCUGUUGCCGCAACGGAUAAUGACGGCGACGCCAUUACAUACACCGUGGAAGGCAGCUGGGCAAGCACUUUUGAAAUUAGUGGAACUGACGUUGUCACCAAGGCACUGAUGGAUUAUGCCACAAAUGCUUUCUAUGUAAUCACUGUAAGGGCCGAUGACGGGACGUUCCAGACAGACACGUUGAUGACGGUGAGUGUAGUGCAGGUGGUGGCAGCGACGUUCCAGAUCACUGCUAAGGCUGACGUGGAGAUACGCGAGGAACAAGGCCAGGGGACGGUCAUAGCGGGUGUGUACAAGACCGCCGGCAACUCAGGGAGUGUCACUUACACACUGGAAGGUACUAAUGCCAACAUGUUGUCGGUGGAUCCUGUUUCCGGUGAAAUAAGCUACAGUUCCGAACGCAUUGACCGCGACGGUGGCGGCAUGACCACGUUGUCGGACAUCACCUUGAAGGGAGUGGACGGCCUCGGCGCCGAGUCUACAGCAGCACUCAGCUUCAUCAUCACCGACAUAAACGACAACGCCCCUGUAGCUACUGACAUGGCCCCGACAGUACAGGUUCAGGAAAACUCGGCCAGUAAUCAGCAGAUUCUGUCGCUGACAAUGAACGAUGCCGAUGACGGUGCCAACGCUGUCGUCACCAUCAGCAUCGACAGUGGAGACACAGAUAACGUGUUCAGCAUCACAAACCAUGAUCUCUACGUCAACGGUGGUAACGUGGACUACGAAGCCCUGCCUGCGUCCAAGACCUACAGCCUGGUAUUAUUGGCCGUUGACAAUCCGACGACAGCACGCGCUUUGACGUCAGCCAUACGCGUCACCGUUGAGAUGUAG